CAUAGCAGGUCAAACAUUGAGCAUUCAUAGACUGUCUUUCAGAUCUCUGAGCACCAAGAUCACAGCUGUAAGUUUUGCAAAAAAGCUUCACUUCAGACACCAUGAAGCUCUGGAUCUUCUUCACACUGGCACUGCUUUGGCUGGAGGUCCAAAAUGGUGUGUGCCAGCAACCCAAACGUAAGAAAGAGACAGGAAGAAAGAGGCCGAAAGGUCGAUACCCAAAAGUAAAAGAAAAGGAGCCAGGAAGCAAAGGCCCAUCUAUUCUCACCCAAGUUCUCGAUAAAGGACGUUUUCUUCGUUUGGGCAAUACCAUUUCCUUAAACCCUGGGAAAACUUUGGAACUAAGAUGUAAAGGAACUAAGAUCGGAUGGGCGUAUCCUUCUUAUCUGGACACUUACAAUGAUAACCGUCUCAGCAUCAAGCAGCAUGAAAGGUUCGGCCAGUUGAUUCUGACGUCGCCCUCUGGUGCUGAUACCGGGGAGUACAGCUGCUGGGUGAUCCUGUGUGAUGGUAUUGAUUGUGAAAGGGACUCAGACACCAUUUCCACAACUUAUAUAUACUUUACAGACAAAGAUGAGCUGUUUGUUCCCUCCGCCAUUCAUUUUGAGAUCGCCUACCUGCGCCCCGACAAGCCCACCACUGUACCCUGUCGGGUGACCAACCCCAAAAUCCAAGUAUCUCUGCAUAGGGAAGUUCCACCAGAGGAAAUCCCAGUGGAUGGGACACAAAUUUUGUACAAUCCCACCAGGGGCUUCAUUAUUCAGAAUCCCGGUCCAGAGCACAAGGGUGCUUAUUACUGCAAGGCUAACAGCACCACUAAAACCACCUCGCAAAUAUCCACUAAGUACCAGCUGCUGUAUGUGGAGGUGCCCAGUGGCCCACCUUUUGCCACUAUUCAGGCUUCUUCAAAUACAGUGAGUGGGGGAGAUGUCUUUAAUCUUACAUGCACAGUCUUGGGCGAACCAGAGAUGAAUGUAAGCUUCAGCUGGAGGUUUCCAGGGCAGGGUCAAAGGCCGGUGGAGAUUCAAGAUUAUUGGAGGCUGAUAAACAGAGGUGUGGGUCACACCACACGCAUUUCCCAAAGUGUCUUGAUUGUGGAUGAUGCUGAAACGAUCGACUUCGGAAAGUACAUCUGCACUGCCAAAAAUAAGCACGGAGAGACAUCCGUAGCCACAUUGGUAAAAUCAGAUUACUAGCUCUUCAGAAGAUAAAAUGAUGACCCGAGCUGGACUCCGUUAGGCCUGAUUCACACUGCAGUAUGAAAACUAUUUUACAUAUGGCUUGGAAAUAAAAUGCUUUUUUACGUGAA